AGAGGUCACAAAAAGUCUCUAAAUCAAACAAAGUGCAAGGAUUGUUUAAUGUUGAUUUAGUUCGUGAAACUUAAUAGAUAGUUCAUAAUGCAAAGCUUUAAAAUUUUAAUUAGACGUAAUAUUGGACACUGCAGAUCAUUAUCACGCAGUUCUGUUUCAAGACAAUUGACGCAACCUGAAGUUCAGAGUCAAGCAGCAUUGCAGAUUCCUCAGCCAGAUGGAGAAGCAAAGGUUUACGAUCCGAAAAUCGAAAAACUUGUGUCGGACAUCUCCCAGUUGAACUUGUUGGAAGUCUCGCAGCUGAGCGAUGCACUGAAGAAACGGUUAAACUUGCCGGAUGCACCUGUCAUGGCCAUGGGGUCAUUUGCCAUGGGGGCACAGCCAGCACCUGAGGAGGAGGAAGAGGUUGUUCCUGCGAAGGUCCAGACAAGCUUCACGGUCAAGUUGACAAAGUACAGUGAAAAACAGAAGGUGGCACUAAUCAAGGAGGUGAAGAACUUGGUGGAAGGAAUGAACUUGGUUCAGGCCAAAAAAUUUGUGGAGAGUGCUCCGGCAGUUGUGAAAUCAGAUCUCAGCAAGGACGAAGCAGAGAAGUUGAAGGAGGCUCUGGUUAACGUUGGAGCUGAAGUGGAAAUUGUUUGAGUGUGCGCACGCCAUACGCUCAGAAGGGAAUGAACUUCCACUGUGUAGUAUAAUUUAUAAUGAACAUUAUUUUAUAGCAUGCUAUUUUGAAAUUUGUUACAAGCAAAAUGAUUUGUUGUAUAAAAAAUAAAUUAUUGCAGUUUGUCACACAUCUGAAACUGGUGUUGCAGUGUGUUUGGCAUAUCCUAAUGAUGACUAUCAGUUCAAAGUUCAUGCAAUAUGCAAAGGUGUAUCUAGCAAAAAAAAAAUAAAAAUAUUUUAAAAUAUGA